CCGACUCCGAUGAGCCGCCGUUGGGGACUCCCUGGAGCACGCGUACGCGACGAGGACGUUUCGGCAAGGAGGCCACGAGACCCGACCUGAGAGAGAGGGAUAGACAGGCUCGCGUUGUUGCUCGAUCGCCAAGACCGCGUGGACCACGUGCGACGCGUGUGAUCCGGCGGGCCCCGACGAAGCAUACACGCAGGGUGCGACAAACGGUGUCGCGAUCGCCACGGAUUUUUCUUUCUCAACGACUUUGGUUUCGACUGCGACUUGAUUUGACUGUGUGUGUGUGUGACUGUAUACGCAACCUCGCUGUGACGUCGCGAUGGAUUCUCCCCCUUAGCACCGCGCUGCCGAGUUUCGUCCACCGCAAGGGAGAGUGAAUGGCGGCUAUCAAGCUAUCGCCAGCAAGAACGGGAGAGGGAGCGAGAACACACAAGCACAAGCCAGGCUCGCAGCACCCGUAAAAACAAGAAACUACACGAAAACGACGACGAAGAACUACAACCGCACCACAACACACAGAGAGCGACAGCGCGAGCACAGUCAACUCGGGGACAGGGAGGGAGCUAAGAUGCGUCGCACUCGAUCCGCCCAGAGCCAGCGAGGCCGCUCGUGACCGCCAUGUAGUCAGCACCGCUCCGGCCAGAGCCACCAGAGCGGAGAGCGCGCCGCGCUCCAAACCGACAUACGACCGCAAGGGGGUCGUCGCUGGGUCGUGUCGUCCGCAAGCAACCAGACUAACCGCGAGAAGACGUACCAGAAUCGAAAAACGACAAGGGACUGCGAAGGCCCGCUAGUCGCAGCCGCCGCCUUGCAACCCAUGAACCUUGACUGCUACCCGGCCGACGGGACGGCGGGAAUGUCCCCACCGCCGAGAGACGUGUCGCCACCGGCUGCGCCCUGCCACGCCGACGUCGCCGGCGGAUCCGGCGACGAGGACCCGCUCGCCUACCAGACAGACCCGGGCCGCACCGGAGCCGACGAGCCUCGUGCCAAGAAGCGGCGCAAGCAAAGCAACCCCGUCCGCUACCACACGUCGCCCGUGGUCCUUCCAGAAGGCCCCGAUGACCUGGUCGUCGCCGCGGCAACGGAUCCAGUCGGGACGCCCACCGACGACGACUGUGUCGACGAUGUCCCGCCCUCGGCAACGAGCCCUGCGGCCCAGAGCGAUGACACGGUCGUCGACUCGGGCGUCCUCAACCUCGAGACUAGCAAGCGUCGCCGCAGGGACGAGUCGAACGGAGAGUCCUUGGAAGCGGUGGGCCCGCUGCGCUGUCACCACUGCAACGCAGGAUUCGCCACCGACGACCAGCUCCGGCUACACAUCGAGGAAGAGCACGUGCAGAAGCUCCUCGAGAAGCAGCUCCAGCAACAGGCGAGCUACAAUCGAGCGUUCGCCGCCGCCGCGGCCGCGGCUGCCGCCGCCGCUGGGGACAAGAACUCUGGCUCGACAAGCUCGCUGGACAUGCAGAACCCGCCGCCGUUUCUGGACCGGAAGCCGACGGUCAGCGAGACAGCAGAGUUCGCCAAGAAUCACCCGUUCCCGUUCCCAGCGAUGCCGCCCCUCAUCCCGAUCUCACAAAGCGGCAACGAAGUCAAACCGGGCAGCCUGCCCGUGCCUCUCGGCAUGUUCCCCAAUCCAAUGGCGCCGUUCCUGUUUCCCGUGCUUCAGCAGCAGGGCCAGAACGCGUCGACGCCCAUUCCGAACGGGAGCUCGGCGCCCUCGGGGAGCAUGCGCAUCUUCAAUCCGGAAGCAUUCUGUGAGCUGUGCAACAAAGAAUUCUGCAACAAGUACUUCCUCAAGACUCAUAAGGCGAACAAGCACGGCAUCUAUUCGGUGGAGUCCCUGGUCAGCUCCCCGUACGCACCGGGUUUCUUUCCGCCGGGAUUGAGUGGCCCACCGUCCAUGCAACUGAUGCUUCAGGGGCCCAUGUCUGAUCCAAGCAUGGCCGGCCGUCAAGGUAUCAUCAAUAUGGAGUCUUUCUGCGAGAUAUGCCAGAAGGAGUUUUGCAACAAAUACUUCCUGAAGAAGCACAAGCAGAAAAUCCACGGCAUUGUGGACCCUGCAACCCAGCAGCAGCAGCAACAACUUCCACAACAGCAGCAGCAGCACCCACAGCAGAGCAGCUCCGCCGAUAAUAUUGGAGAGCGAAAGAUGAGCACGUCACCGACGGGCGUCACCUCUACAGAACCUGCGGGCGUGGCAGCGGGCACUGGGAACGACAAGAACGGUGGUCCGAUGCCUCUUGAGCAGCAGCAGCAACAGCAGCAACAACAGCAGCAACAACAACAACAGCAGCAGCAGCAACAGCAGCCGCCUCCCGAUCCGUUCCGCAUGGACUUCUCGAGCCUGUAUCCGGGCGUCAACGGCCGCUUCAGCAUGCCGAGUCUCACGCCACCGACAGGAACGAUGGUGACGUCGGCGUCCAGCAACUCGCCCAUCGUCAGUUCCUCCGUUGGCGGCGACCCGAAGUCGCUUCCGGCGUUCUUCAAUCAGAACUCUUCUUCAAGCACAGAGAGCGGUUCCACCACCGUGUUCACGCCGGAGAAGCUUCGAGAGAUGGGCGUCAUCAACGCGGAGGCAUUCUGCGAGAUUUGCUGCAAGGAGUUCUGCAACAAAUACUUCCUCCGCACCCACAAGCAGAACAAGCACGGCAUUCCGGCGACAGAUGCGCCGAAGGGAAACCCGCCGCUGGGCCCACAACAGCAUCAUCAGCACUCGAUGCCACACCACCUGAUGCCGCCGGCUGUUUCCAUGGCACCGCCCGUCGGCGCCGCCACCACCACGAUGACGACUCCUCAAGAUACACCCGAGAACUUGACGACUCCCUCAAGAACAGCGGGAGGCGGGACCAGUCCGGAAUCCGCAGUUUUAAAGUCCACCUUCGCCAGCGACUUCGAGCCGACAGCGGACCUGACCUGCGAGAUCUGUAACAGGCCCUUCUCCAGCCAGUACCUGCUGAAGAUGCACAAGUUCUACACCCACAAUGUUCCGUACGUGAAGGAAGAGGACGAGGAGUCCAAGCCGCCUUCGCCCAUCAGUGGCGGCAGCAACAUCCAGGUCAGGGCCUUGUGUUCCACGGCGCGCGAAGACGUCUUGCGGCUGGGCAGGCAGCCAGAAGCUUCCGGCGGUGGCGCUUCUUGCCACACGGAGGACGCGGCGAGCCAGGACUUGCAGAAGCUGCAGAGCAUGAUACGCGACCUGACGGCCUCCAUCGCCAACGAGAACAAGGUCGUCUGCAACGUGUGCCGCACCGAGUUCGACAACAAGUACUUCCUACGGGCGCACAUGAUGAACGAACACGGCGUUCUCCUCAACGAGGACGGCAGCAGUCUGGCACCGGGCUCCUCAUCGCCCGCGAGCGCUGCCUCGACGCAGCAGCAGCAAAGGGGUCCCGGAGACCUUCCGCCGCCGCCGUUCUCGGCGGUCGCCUUCCCGUCGCCCGUGUUCGACUCGGAGGCCUUCUGUGAGAUAUGCCAGAAAGAGUUCUGCAGCAAGUACUUCCUCAGGACCCACAAGCAGAACAUUCACGGCAUCAACAUGGACAUCGACGUGGCUCCGGCUCCCAAGAAAGACGACGUCGGCCAACCCAAGAACGCCGUCAGCAAGGUCAGUGGCCCGUUGGUUCCCGUGCCGCCACCGCCGCUCUUGUCCAUGGCGAUGCCAUCGGUGCCGACGCCCGACAAGGCCAGGAGCUCGGUGACGGGGCGCAACUACUGCAACAUCUGCAACAAGGAGCUGUGCAACAAGUACUUCAUGAAGACCCACAUGUUGAAGAUGCACGGCAUAAACCUAGACGAACACCCUGCCGAGGCGGCCCGCAACAGCGUCAUCGGCGGCGUCACCUGCGAAAUCUGCCAGAAGGAGCUGUGCAGCAAGUAUUUCCUCAAGGUUCACAAGCAGAACACGCACGGCAUCAUCGAGGACCCGGCCAAGGAGAACUCAAACCACAGCUCAGCGGGAGGCAGCAGUGCGGACAGGGGAGAGAUGCCGACCUCCUUCCAGCCUGGCGAAGUGAGCGACGGCAGCAACCGAAGCUUCAACCACUACACAGAGGUGUGCCCGCUGUGUGACAGGCGCUUCAAGAGCAUCAAGUGGCUCAAGACGCAUAUGGUGAACGAUCACAGCGACAUGCUCAAGGAGAACGUCUACAGCCGCAUGGACAGCGUUCCUCCGGGCGCAGCGAAGCUGUGCAUCAUUUGCGGACAGGGCUUCCCGGACAAGGUGGCCCUUCAGAUUCACCUAAUCAAAGACCACCGCACCACGAGCGAGGAGCUGGGCCUGAUGAACUGCUCGCCGGCAUCCGCUGCCUCGGAAUCCCUGGCUGCCGUGGCCCAAGACACGGUGAAGCUGAACGGCGCCGCUCCGCCGCACCCUGCCGACAGGGCCGCGCACCUCUUCAAGCGGCCCGGCCUGGCGUCCGCGCUGGGCGGCAGCGGCAGCACCCGCAUUUACCACUGCUCCUACUGCGUCUAUUCUACGCGAUGGCUUUCCAACCUCUACGCGCACGAAAAGAGGCACACGGGAGUCAAUCUGGAAGGCGAGAAGCGAUUCGUCUGCCGCAUCUGCCACCGGGCCUACCGUUACAACCACUCGCUGCAGCGUCACCUCCUCAACCACCGCGCAGCGGGUCUCGCCUCGGCCAGCCUCGCCAGUGCCGCCGCCUCGGUCAGACUGCCCAAGACCUCCCAGGAGCAGCCCCAGGACCUGUCCUCGGCUGACCCCGCCAGGGCGUCCUCCGCGGCGCCCCCCGCCACGCAGCAGCAGCCGUCCAAGCUGAAGCGCUACCGCUGCAGCAAGUGCAACCGAAAGUUCCGCUCGCGGGAGCUCUGCCUCAACCACAUCUACACGGCGCACGACGCCAAGAGGCCGAUCAAGAGCGGCCGACCGUUCCGUUGUCGCGUCUGCGGCUUCGCCACCAGGGCCUGGAACAUCCUCAAGAUACAUAUCAUGAAGCAGCACCAGGAGGAGGCGGCCGAAGAGAAGAGCGUCGGCAGCCAGCCGGACGUUUCGGUUCCCGCCGCGGCGAGCACCACCGACGACGAAGGCAAGCCCACCAGGACGCCAACGCCCACCAAGGCGGCGGGCCAGCUGCCCAUGACGUACGCCAUGCCGCAGAGCCCGCCCUCGGCCGGCACCUUCAUCAUGCAACCGUUCCUAAUAGCGCAGCCCGAGUCGGAGGACGCCAAGAACGACACGUUCGUGCCGUCGCUCGUAUACCUGCCCGUCUGCCAGAAGGUGUCCCAACCCAUGACCGUGGCGUUCACGCUGACGCCCGCUUGAGCCGGGCCCGCUGUUCGGCAAGGCAAGCCCCCGAAGACUUGUACCCCUCCUCCCGCACUGACGAGGGAAGCACGGCACGCGGACACCCAAAGAGACGUCAUCGCAGUAGUUCGCUCCUUCGCGGCCAGGGUGCGCGCGUGUCGGCUGCAAGCUCUUCGACGCGAGCCUCGCGACGGGUCCAGAAAGUCACACACCACACAAAGACACAACAGAGAAGACACACGCCGCCCGAAGACUGCCCGCGGCAACAGCGAAAGAAAUACACCGGAGACGCAGCCACGUAUUGGUGUACUACCAGACGCAAGACGACGAUGGCAGCGCGCCGAUCGCGCGCUUGCUCCCUCCCUCCUUUGAAGAUACGUGCAAUUUUCUCUUUCCGUCGCCCCUCGGCAGGCCUCGCGUCGUCGCUCUCCGCGAAGUACGAAAACAAGAAGGGGAAAGCAGCAGCAAGCCUGGCAGGCACCGACCUCGGGUCCUCCCAAAGUCUCGCUUGGGAGGACCGAACACAGCAUAUCAGCUACACCUGCAGCAGCAGCCACAAAGCAAGUGAUCAGCAGCGGCGGCACACGACCGCUGCCAGCGCCUUCGCCACAGUUCCGUGUGUGCGCGCUACGUGAACUUGUUCUCGUCCCCUAUCCCCCGCCCCCUGCGGGAGAGUACCGUAUCAUUCGCAGCCUAUACAAGAAAGAAGAAGACUGGCCUUCGCGCCUUCGGCCGCGCCCCGCCGACAGGGAUGCAAGACAAAACUACAACAAUGGGGUCCACCGGCCGGUGACGCGUCGGACCUCCUUCUUCGCUGCAAACAGUGUGGGACGUUCCCGUGUCAUGCGCGUUCCGUAAUAUCUUUUUUUUUUCUUCCGGAACUACUACUUCUUCCGCGGAACUCGCUGCACCAGUUCCACCACUUCAGGAGGUGUGUGUUUUUUUGUGUGUGCCUCCGGAAAGUGUUCGCUUCGGAGGUGCCCCGACGUUCGUGGGUUCCGCAGUGCGUCUUGUGCGGUCCACCGUGUCCGUAACGUAGCCGUCUCGCAUCUUCUUCGACGAAGACGACGCUCCCGUGGUUCUUCGCCGACUCGUCGGCACCGAGCGAGUCUUCGACCCGGCAGUACAACCGUACCGAGGACGAAGUGAUGGCCAGGCAUCCGAGCGUCACCUUCCCUGUACAACCGGGGAACAGUCGCAAAGCGUCCGUCUACGCCAGAAGCGGUCGUCGCCGACCCUGCACCUCAGAGUCAGCCUUCCUUCGAGAGUGAGUCGUCGCCCCGAUGUGCCGUGUUGUCAGCGGGACUCGCCGACAAGCCAGCCUCCUUCAACUCCUAAAGACGACCUGGGAUUAACCGGCGCGCCCGUAUAAUUUCGUUUCUGUUCUUUGUUUUGUCCUCGUACCUUGACCCCGCAUUGUCUUCUUGUGCGUCGGAUGUGCUUGCGGCGACUUUGACAAGGUCAGUCUCUGCCCGUUCCAUCCCUCGUCUAGUUGAAGCUCGCAUGUCUAUUCUGGGACGACGCCCAGAUUGAUGACCACAGGGAUGGUAUAUUGAUGCGCGCCAUGCAAGUGCUCAGUCCGAGAUUUCUGUUCGAACAGCCCUUUUCCGGUCGGAAAGUUGAUCGGCGACGCCGCUCCGAGGUUUCAAAAUCGACUUGGCGUUCGACUGUCUUGUGACUGGCAUGAUACGUAUCGUGCCAUUCCCAAGGUGCCGGACGUAAUCCAUACUGAGAUUUUCAACGACGCGCGAGUGUCGAGGGAAAACUCAGCAAUACGGAUCAAUAAUACGCGUCACGAAACGAGAGUCAGCCGUGUUUUUAUGAACAAAUUAUCGCCUUACUCAUCGCUCUCAGGCUGGGCCUCGAACCAAAAGCUACCGGGUUGCCAGCGCGGCCCCAUUGGCCGCAUAAACUUUUCAUGGCAGUCUAAAUUUCAGGUUAUAAUAACGCUGACUUAUAGAGAAACGCUGUAUCACGUGGCACAAGCGCUUCGAACCUCGGAUUCGCGUCUGCUGAAGAACAGGGAUCACCCAGAAUGCAUUGCAGGGAAGCCGAGUGUCAGACGUGAGUGAGUGAACGCGCUGUGGGAGUUGGUCGAUGCCCGAACCUGUGCCGCCGUUGAAGCUAGGUGGCGCGUUGAGAAUCAAAACUUUAGUCGCAUUGUGAUAACACGCCGUUGAGCAGGCCACAAAUCAAAAGAGACACGCUGUUGUUACGACUUGCGCUAAAAGUCGCUUCGUUUAUUAUUUCUUUAUCGUUCGAUGCACCGUGGGCAUCGACCCCCAGUGAAGCUUCACUCGCCCACUUGUCGUCGUCUUUUUGACUCGGCUAUAAUUCUGGAAAGCAAAAAAACAAAUGGCACUUUGCUGUAGCAGCUUAUUUUGCGUUUGCGUCGGUCUCAGCUGACAAACGAGGGCGUGUAGGCAAAGAGGAAAGCCUCCGAGAUUGGUGGUAUAAGGCUUUAGUGCGAAGUGCAAUAACGUCGAAAGUGCGAACACGUCUUCUCUGAGGACGUGUUGAAAGAAGGAAGAUGCCGUGAGCGUAGCUAGUCGAACAGAGUAUUUCUUUUUUUUUUUGUGCCUUUUCUGACUGGUCGAAGAGAUAAGACGUAUCUAUAAAAUCUAAAGUCUAAGCCGCGUUGGCUAAUCGACAAACCCACUUCAUUAUGACGCCGCUAACCUGAUGGCCAUUACGCAUUUUCCUUUAGUUUUAUCGCACCUAGAAAGAGCUGGACGUUUUGCUACAAGUAAGUAUAUAGUGCAGAUUCAGUCAAGCUCGAAGUAAAGAAUAUUGCAACUUGGCACACUUUGUUGUCCAAAUUUCAGGGCGCGAUGCUUGUUCGCCGUGGCUAAAGAUCAGCGUAUCAACAUAUAGCUUUAGCAAUGAUCUGUAACUGUAAGAUUAGUUCGAGAACGGAAGGCUUAACCAAGCAUGGUAGAUGUAAAACAUGACCGGUUAUACGCGUUGCUUUUCGAAAGUGUUUAGCUCAGCGAUAGUUUCGUGCCGUUAUGACGUCACUGCAGUGACGUCUCGCCGAUUUUGGCCAGUUGAGACGGUUAGUUCAAGGUCACAAUUCUAGAGAGAGAACGUCGGAAUAAAGAAAAAAAAAAGCAGAGAGAGAAAAGCUAUUCGUCGAAGUGAUCGCUGCAAUCGGGACAUCUCGCUUUAAGCCGAUCGCCGGCUGUCGACGUUCGUCAUUAAUCACUUUGUCUCGACAUGCCAGCAGUGAAGUGCGGUGGGUGCUCCGAGGGACCGUGCACGGCGAUUGGCGGCGACAUUUGUUGUGUAUUUAUGUGUGUACGUGGCGUGUUCUCAUUUCGGACUGAACCUGUUUGUUCGCAUGUUGUGUAUGAUGGAUUACUGGCUGCCUGUCUUUGCGUAUGCCCUCUUGCACGUGCACACACCCUCUCCCUCCAUACCUGAAUGCCGAGUGUAUCGCGAUUGUCUUUCUAUAGUUUGUUACGUACUUUUGCCGACAGACUGUUUUCCGUACACCCUCUACAGGUGCCCGCGAACUAAGGCCUGACAAAUCUGCGUUCCGGUUUUGGGAGUUUUACUUUUUUUUACAAUUUCUGUUUUAAGCUAGUCUGUGUCGGCGCACUGUCGUAACGAUCUUUGUUCCCAAACUGAAUCAUUCCAACGCCAGCCUGUGAGGCUGGCUUCGACGAUUGAGAGAGACUACCCACGCACACACGCUAACCUGGGCUUGUUACACGCAUUUCUGGUUGUGCGGACCUUAACAUUCAAUCGCAUCUCAACGGAAAGUAUAGUGAAUGCCAUAGAACGUAUUAGAAAUACAACAUAAUUCCUAUAACAAUUUCUGUCAGGCCUUACCGUGGAGGCCUAAUCGUGCGUAAUGCGUUGGUAAAACAUUUGAUUAUUGCAGCGCCAAAUAGCCAACCAACGCUCAACCUUGGGGUAAUCCUGGAGUUCGCUGACGAAUUUCUGCGAAGACGUCUGAAGUCAAGGUUUCGCUCGCCUACUACAGCGCGCGCUCGUUUCAAAGGUUCAGCGCGGCACGCAGCUGGAGCCAAAUUAACUUGCGUUUUGGUGACGAAAUUGAAACAUUCCGAGUAAGCGCCGUUCGCGGAGAAGCCGCGAUUAUAAUUUCCAUGGCUACGAAUCUACUCCUGAGUCAGGUGCCAAAAAGAUUGCAGCCUCGAAAUAUAUUAUAUAAAAAGAACACACCUUAUUCCUCCUUUCUUUCUUUUUUUUUUUUACUACUGUUCUCUAGACUUGUUAAACUGCGAGGAAUCGUCACCGGCAGUAUAUGACUCGUAUAAGCGACGGAGAAGCGCUGGACGACAUAACGUAUCCGAAAAAGAAGCCGUAGAUCAUUGGCAUACGCACACUUUGAAAUGGAAGUCGCAGUAAACCCGCAACGUGCGUCUGUCAGAUGUGCACCAACUGCCUCGUAAGCACGAAUACCAAAGUAAGCAUCUCUCCAACAACGUAAUACGACUAUUUCCAUCAACGCGUAAACGAACCAGGACAACAGGGACGACAUAGGACAAGGGCUUGUCCUGUAUUCUUCCUGCAGUCUUCAUUCGUUUCCGUGCCGAUUAAAAAAAUCGACAACUUCCAAACGGCCUCUUCAUCCAGCCUCCAACAAAGUAAUACAAGUAGUACAAAGAAAGUGUCGAACGAAGCAAAAAGCAUACACUACGCAGCAAAAUAAACGCAAUGUAGAGUUUUUAUCAGGGAAGGAAAAAAAUUGGAAAAAAACAGGAAAAGUAAUGCAAACGCCAUCGCAGGGGUUCUUUUCGAUGCUGCACCAUUCGCCGCCUCCGAAUUAUUAUUCCUUAUUUUUCUUUCUUUUUUCUUAAAUCCCCGUUUCAUUCGGCACUGAAAAGCGCGCACUAUUCCCUGUCCCCUCUUUUGAUGAAGACAAGCCGAGGAACCACGUGGGGUGUAAUUUACGCAGCGCGCCGAUAAGCUCCACCACUCGGCUACACACACAAGUUUGCCUCUCCUCCGAAUGUACACUGUGCAAAAUUUUCUUUUAAUUUUUUUUACAUUGUUUUCGGUCUUUAUUUUACUUUCUUUCAAUUUCGUUCCCCCCGCACCACGGAACCUGCAAGCGGGCUCAAUUCGCGUCUCUUUUUGUCGAUCUACUUUUAACAAAGGACCCAAGCUUCACGGAGAGCCCCUCAGCGCCAGUUUCCACAGCCAGCGUAUGGUGCCCAGAGUUGGGACUGCGGGGGGAGGGGGGGGGGAGGUAGUAAUAGGUGGGGGGAGUCUGGGGCGGCGGUCGAACGCUCGCAGGGAAAGCGAACAGUGAGUGGCAGAUAUAGACACGGAGACAGGUACCGCGCAAGCAAAAAAAAAAAAAAAAAACGAAGUGAAAAAUAGACUAAACACUCCAAUUGCGCCAGGUUGUAUGUGAAAAGAGCUCGCGCCCGGGCCGUCGCUGUAAAAUAUAUACUUCGGGUAUUUUCAGGACGGGGGAAGCCUCUUGACCGGGGCAUUAGGACUGGGGUCGGUAAAGAAUCGGGAAAACAAGAAAAAAAAGAAAGAAGCAGUCUUUGGAAGAUCAACAGUGGGAGAGGAAUAACACUGAACUUGAGAAAAAGAAGAAAUAUAGAGGGCAGCACUGCCGUAUCGUUUCCCUCCCUCCUACAUCUCGUUUUCUAAUCUACUUGCUCAUGCUCUUUUUGUCAAAGAUAGAGAGAGAGAAAGAGAGAGAACCGUAACAGAACGAAAGAACGAAAAACUGGGGAAGGGAACGCAAUUCACGCAGGCGGCGGUGAAAUGGUGAUCAAAGCCGCUACGCGCCUUUUGCGCUCGCGUCUCACGUUACUGAGGUCGGUGAGUUGUAAAGAAAUACCGUGAGAAGAGAGAUCUAAAAAAAAAUAACAUCGGGGAGGGAUUCAGGCAGAGAAAGGUACAAAAUCAAGAAGAGUAAUAUAAAUAGAUGAAAAAGAAGAUACAUAUAAUUGAAACAGGCUGGAGCAAGUCUCAUUGAAAAUCCAUUAAAGGGAGCAAAUGGAGGCGAGAGGGAGAUGGAGAGACACUCCGAUUUAUGAUAAGUGGCGCAUAAAUUUAUCUCCGCUGCGCACGAUAGAGAAAAUCGCUCCCGACUGUUACGCGCCGAACCACCUGCGUCACCACUGAGAUGCCACGGGAGUGUAGAGAUAAACUAAACUGACAAUAAGGAGGCCGCAGAUGAAGAUAGUUUCGGGGCGGGGCGGCCCGGGG